GGCCUCGGUCAGCUUUCGCAAAGCCAGUAUCUAAUGCGCUUGGGGUUUUUGGGAGAAGUCAACUAGCGACUUAUUAUUUUUCUCGUUUUUCUAAAAUUUCAGUAUAAAACUCAAAAAGACUACUUAAGCGUAGGAUAUUCGUUUUAGUUUCAUAGCCACCUAUCGAGAUUGUUGCUGGCUCGACGUUGAGUGAGAAGCCGGCUCAGCAAUGGGGAACAGCGCUCUCAAAGCUCACCUGGAGACCUCUCAGAAGACAGGAGUGUUCCAGCUGACAGGAAAAGGCCUUCCAGAGUUCCCAGAGGAGCUGCAGAGGCUGACCGGAAAUCUCCGGACAGUAGAUUUAUCCAGCAACAAGAUUGAAGCCCUGCCUGCUUUCAUUGGCAGCUUUGCCCAGCUGAAGAGCCUCAGCAUAAACAGCAACAGACUCACAAUACUUCCAGAGGAAAUUGGGAAGCUAAGGAAGCUGGAGACGCUGAACCUGAAUGGGAACCAGCUGCAUAGACUGCCAGCAUCCAUCGGACAGCUCAACUCACUGCGCGCACUUGGCCUCUCGGGAAACUGCUUCCGGGAGUUCCCUAGCGGCCUGGGUGCCCUGCGGCAUCUGGAUCUCCUGGACUUAUCCAAGAACCAGAUUAGCACAGUCCCUGCGGAGGUGGCUGCUCUGCAAGUCAUAGAGAUCAACCUGAACCAAAAUCAGAUCUCCAUGGUAACCCCAGAGCUCUGUCGCUGCCCUCGGCUGAAAGUGCUCAGACUGGAGGAGAACUGCCUGGAACUUUCCUCCAUCCCCGUGUCCAUCCUCACAGACUCCCAGGUGUCACUCCUGUCACUGGAGGGCAACCUGUUUGAGAUGAAGAAGCUACGAGACCUGGAGGGACAUGACAAGUACAUGGAGCGUUUCACUGCUACCAAGAAGAAGUUUACCUGAAGUGGCCAGGGCUCCCUGUGUGUCUGGUGGCUGAUCGUUUCCACUGCACGAAGACGGGGCUCUUUGCUGUGAUUUCCACAGCCCUGCCCGGUGCCCCACAGCUUGAUCUGAGAGGAGGACUGCUUUUACACUCCUAGUGGCUCUGUGCAGCUCCCCAGCCCCCUCCUGUGGCCCCGGAUUUCACUGCAGCAUUGUAUGCCUCAUAAAUGCGGUGCUUUUUGGAUUUUCUUUGCCCCAUGCAAAAACUUAUCUUGACAAUAGGCCUGUGACUGACCAGGGAUGCUGUGGGUCAAGUCGUUUAAUGAGCACAAAUCACUUGCAAGGUGUGCAUGUGGAGCCUUUUAAAUUACUUAAAUUACUUUUUAAAUACUUUAUAUGAAAUAUUGAAAGAUUUAUUUCUUUCAUUGUGGUUAGCUGGUUCAGCAUAACUGCCACCUAAGAAUCAAUAAAUUGCCUUGGUUGUGUAAUUUUUUUUGAGUGGUUUAUAUAAAAGGCAGUCACAGUCCUGUUGUAUGAUUAUAAUAACCAUAACCUGCAGCUUUUGCAAAUUUUGUAUUUUGUCUUAUCAGCAUAAUGGCUGAUAUUAAAGCCAUAAUUUCCCAGGGAAAAUGUCAUAAGAGCGGAAGGCAACAAAUUGGUUUUGUCAGUGUAAUGGAGUGCUCAGUGAGAUGUGUAUUACAUAGCAAUAUGUGGCCUGCAUUCUGUAAUCAGGAGGUCUACAUUCAAAGGCCUGAUUAAACGCAGAAUGCACGGAACUUUAUUCUGAAGGAUGGGGUCUGAAGAUCUACUGCUGAAAUGAUGGUAAUUUUAUAUAAAUAUGUGUACAUGAAGGCCCAAAAUGAGACUAGGGUUUAUUUACAUAAAGCUGGUGGUUUUGUUUUCUUGGAAUGACAUUUGUGUUGUGCAGCAGACUGAAACAAGCAAAGAUGUUCACAUCUAAUUGUUACCAUUAAUUCUAGCAGUACAUACUAUGUUUAAAUAUUUAAUAACUAUUUAUUUUACUGCCAUGUUCAAGGACCAGAGUACAUCUGAACUGUCUUUAUGUACUCGUAGUGCAAAAACGGCGGGUACAGAAUAUGUUUGGCAACUUUUGGAUUAAACUAGGAUUUCAGUGAAAGUGAGAGUGGUCCACUGACCCAUUCCUGUAGUUAUUCAAAAUGAGUGCUGUAACUUUGGACUCCUAAACAUUGGGUUAUUUAUUUAGUCGUGAGUGUAUGUGGGGAAAAAAUACAUUUAACGUUUUUCUGCUUGUUUUAUUCUGCUGAAAUUGAAUCAGUGUAAUUUAAAACCAAUAUCAUACAAUGUGUAGUAGGCCUUACUAUUAUGUCUGCCCUUAUAUAAGAGAGGGGCUCUGAUAUUUAAAGUCACUGAUCAUGGAUUCCAGUGAUCACUGAUAUUCCAGUGUUUUUUUUUUUUUUUUGUUUUCUCAGAAGUACUGUAUGAGGUAACUAUGGUUUUAAUGGUAGAUGGGAGGGAAUGCUUUGGGAAUUGUGGAGUAAGACUAACAUUAUUGCCCAGGCAAAAAUAAACAGAUAAAACGUCACAA